ACAAGGAACAAGUUCUUGCUGUUUUUCUGCUUCCCAAUGCCUCACCAGAAGCUUUCAGCACUUGUAGAUGCCAUCUGCAGUUUUGUUAUCUGCAAUGAAUCCUCCCUUCAGCGGCAUCAAAUCAUCUUCAAUCCAGACUUUUUUGUGGAGAAACUGCGCCAUGAGAAACCUGAGGUGUUCACAGAGAUUGUGGUCAGCAACAUCACCCGCCUCAUUGAUCUCCCUGGAGCAGAGUUAGCCCAGUUGAUGGGAGAAGAGGAGCCCCAGAUACCUGGCGGGGCUGGCAUGUCCUCAAGGUUUUUCCGUUCUCUCAAGUCUGCAAAGCGCAAAGAGAAAGGAGUGGUGUUUGGGGCUCCACUGACUGAAGAAGGCAUUGCUCAAAUAUCUCAACUGAUUGAGUAUCUACAUAAGAAUCUGCGGGUGGAAGGCUUGUUCCGAGUGCCAGGAAACAGUACCAGGCAGCAGAAUCUGAGAGAUGCUUUGAACAGUGGGAUUGAAAUUGACUUGGAUUCUGGGGAGUUUCACUCCAAUGAUGUGGCCACUGUGUUGAAAAUGUUCCUGGGACAAUUACCAGAGCCACUGUUGACCCAUAAACAUUUCCAUGCACACCUGAAAAUUUCAGACCUAACGCAAUUUGAUGAGAAGGGCAACAAGACCAGCAUUCCAGAUAAAGAACGCCAGAUUGAAGCCCUUCAGCUGCUCUUUUUGAUCCUGCCAGCCCCCAACCGCAAUCUGCUGAAGCUGCUCUUGGACCUGCUCUAUCAAACAGCCAAGAAACAGGAUAAGAACAAGAUGUCUGCUCAUAAUCUUGCUCUUAUGUUUGCACCUCACAUUUUGUGGCCUCGAAAUGUGACAGCCAAUGACCUUCAGGAGAACAUUGCCAAACUGAAUAAUGGGAUGGCUUUCAUGAUCAAGCACUCACAAAAGCUCUUCAAGGCUCCUGUAUACAUCCGGGAAUGUGCCAGACUGCAUUACUUGGACUCCAGAGCACAUGCCUCAAAGGAUGACCUCGACCUGCCAGUGCCGCAGGGUUUCAAAGACUUACAACUUCAGAGAUUCAAGAAGCGAGGGCUGUUGGAUCCCUCCAGUCAUCAGGAAGACACUCAGCAGCAUACAGAAGAAGCCCUGAAAGAGCUCUUCCGCCAUGUUCAUAAUAUGCCAGACUCUGCCAAGAAAAAGAAGCUCAUAGAACAGUUUCAGAAGCACCCUGAAGUUCUCACUCCUCAGAGAGGAACACCCACACCACAGACUCAGAAACGUACCCGCACGCAUUCCUUUAGUGGCCUAAUCAAGCGUAAAGUCCUGGGAAGUCAUGUAUCUUUGGACAGAAAGGGAAAAGAUGUCUCACCAUCUACAAGUACUAAGGACCCAAAGAGUGGCAGUAAGGAGAAUGUCAGCCUGUUACAGACACCUACUUCUUCUCCAACAAGCACCCUGAUUCGAGCAAAGCUGAAAUCCUUGGAGCGCAGGAAAGAGGAUCCUUGUAAACACAUUCAAUUUCAUGAGACCUCAGCAAAGGAAUCUUCCAUUUGAGGACCCACUUGAUAAGAGCAUAUAUGCAACAAAGACUCAAAAACCUGUGGAAAAUAUGUGUUCCCCGCAAGCUGUGAGCAAAGAAAGCUUCAGGGCCAAGACUCUCUGAUCCCUCUAACCUCACUUACUGGCGCAUAAGUGCACAGCUUCGUGUGUACCAGAAUAACAGAUUCUCCUUUCAUUUGAGCACUACCCUGACCACUUGUCUAUGGACCAGACAGUAUCUGCAACAUAGCCUUCCUUCGGAGAGGUUAUUGCUUUUCAUUCCUUGUAUUUCUAGAUGUCCAUCUUUCUAUAACUGUUCAGGGCUUGGCUUCUAUCUUCCACUUCCUGCUGAUAUUUUGUUUUCUUUUUCUUUUCUGGAGAGGGGCCUUUACUAUACAGUAUAUGCCAUUUUUUUAAAAAAAUCCUGCAAUUCCUAUUAACAUCCAGAGGAGUCAGGCUUUCAGGUCCUCUAGGCAGCUAGGCUCAUCUCAGUAUCACUUGGAACUGAAGUCUUUCUGUUGUGGUUUUUAAUGGAACUGGAGGAGUACCUGUAUGCAGAGCUGUCUCAUACAAAUCACAGGGCUCUUCCCUGGGUCUGUGCUAUUGUAACUUGGACAUUUUAGAUCAAGAGCUAAAAGCAACCAUAGUAAUAACCUCUGCAAAUUCCCCCACACAUCCUGGUUUUUAAAGAACAGCAUAUCCUUAUUUUAGUAUGUCCACUGGAUCACCUUCAAAGCUCUCAAAGGUAUGGUGACUCCAUUGCCCCCCUACAUGUACUUACCAUCAGUGUGGUACUCUUGUUCUUCCCUCGGUGCUGAUUGUCAAGGAAACAUUUUAGCUGAAGCUUUGCCUGAUGGAGUCAGUCUUGCUGCCCCCUACCUGUCAUGCUCCUGCUGAUUGUAGUCCAGGCUCUGACGCACAUUUCUUAGAGAAGACCAAGGGUCUGACAGUUUAAUGACUAACAAUCUGUUGGAAGUGCACUAAAAGACAGAGGAGCUCAUUAAUACACAAGGCAACUGACUUGCUCUGUGGGAAGGACGAGAGCCUGUCAAAUUAAUGCCCCCUUUCCUUCUGUCAACAGUAGAGAAGCAAAGGUAGAAGAGUGGUGAAAUGUUGUGGCAACGCUACUGUUUGCUUUCAGUGAUAGCCACUAUAGUGCUUCAGCAAUAAUCUGAAAUUGCAAUAAAUAAAUAAUAAAUCCCCUCCUCCUCUUAAAAAUGUGUGUAGAUGAACAUCCUGCAACCAUACUUGGCAGUAGAUGUGCCAUGUAGAGUUGCUGGAGGCUUAUGUAGAUAGAUCACAGGUAGAUCUGUAACUUUCUACUGUGGUGAGGCCCACAUUAAUGAAGUGGCAAGACACAGUCUUUUGGUUUUAUACAUAGGGAGGAAGAGGGAUUCCACAAAUCUUAAGCUGGCUCUAUCACAUAAUCCCAAGAUCGUUUGAAAAUGCGUCUGAUCUGACUUUUUUGAGUCCUCCUCCCAUCAGGGAGAUGGAUGCACUGGAUAAAGCAUUUAUGCGGAGCAGAAUGACUUGUGGUGACAACUGCUGUGAACCACCUUGAACAGAAUUCUAGUUCUUUUCUUUUACUUAGGUGUGGUCAUGAGUGGCUUUUAGACCUUGAAGGUAACUGUCUCUGUGUUUUCUAACCCAAAAUAACACUGUUGAUUCAGGAUAGCAAGCAACCCUGGAUCCCUUCUUUCUGUUUUUUCAUUUGUUGUAUCAUACAUUUUCUUGGUCCAGCAAAAAUUAUCCUGUGAACUGUGCAAAAUGUUACAAAAGUUCAUGAAGCUUUGCUCUCUAAAUCUGGGUGCUACUAAAUUUGUCAAGAAUAUUUAAAUAUAGAACGCAUAUGCCAUUCAAAUAUUAGCAACAGUGGGAGUGAAAGCAACUCCAACAGUAUUCUGAUCCUGGAAAGGAACUGCCUCUAAGAGUGUUUGUGUUCUGCUCUUAAACAUUUAAGCUUUACUUAUGUGUGCAAUGUAACAAUGUAAAGUAUGUGUUGUUGUGAUAUGAUGAUGUAUUGUCUUGUUUUCUCUGUUAAUGUAGAAUUCCUGCAUUAAAUAACCAUUGGCAUUGG